AUGGAAGGACUCGGAAUGCCAGAAGGAUUUGACGAGGCAAUUUACCUUAUAGAGAUAAAUGAAGUUGUUAAGCAGUACUUGCGCAGGGUAAUGAAGCCCAAGGUCAAGUUCACCACUAUUUCUGGAAGGUCUACACUUCAGCUCGAGACUUCGACUGGAAUUCCAAUUCAAAUACCAGACGGGACAGCCUACGAUGGCAUAAAGGACGCCAAAAGAGAAGCUCUUGUUAAGUUCCUAAACAAACGUCCUUGGAUAAAAAUACCAAACAAGGAGAACC